AUGCUGCGUAAAGCUUCCCUGCACAUGAGAACACAAUUAGCUGGUGUCUCUUGCAACAACUUACCGCCCAGCCCGAUGGCCGAGCGGCGCGGCGUCAAUGCGAGCAGUCCGUGGACGGAGGUGGACACCUUCAUGGACUUCCUCAUCGACUUGGACGUCGGGAUCGCGAAGGAGGAGUCCGAGCCGGGCGAGGACCCGCGGCAGGCCCUGUGGCUGAUCUCCUCCAUCGUCUUCGUCGGCCUGAUCCUCUACGCCCUGUUCCUGAAGACGGUCAGCAACUCCGACAUGGACAGCGUGUUCACCAACCUGUACCGGCUGCAGGCCACGGAGGCGCUGAUCACCGUGCUCUCUCAGGCGGCGGCGGUGCUGGUGACAGUCACCAGCUUCGUGGAGGGCACGCAGAAGAGCUCGGUGUGCCGCGGCCUCCUCACCGCCGUCAUCGCCUCCUACCUGAGCUUCUUCUUCACGCUCAUGAUGAUCGCCUUCACGCGCUGCAUGUACGUCAUCUUCCCGCUGUACAUCCACCACCUCCACCCGGCCGUGCUGCAGGCCAGCAUCGCCGUCGGCUGGGCCGUCUUCGCCAUCUUCUGCGCCGUCGUCGUCUACCAGCAGGAGAUCUGGUCGCUGUUUCUGCUGUACCUGUGCAUCGGCAUCUACGGCACGCCGCUGCUCACGGGCAACAUGAUCACCACGCUCACCUUCCUCGUCAUCGGCAUCACCCUCCUGCUGUACGUGUUCAUCCUCGCCAUGCAGUACAAGUCCAAGGUCCCGCACCGCCGCCGAACCAUGCAGAGGAACCGCGCCACCCUGCUGACCUGCAUGGUGCACUUCGGGGUGCAGCUGCUGGAGAUGGUGGCGCAAGGCCUGUUCAAGUUCAUCCGCUACCAGGAGGUGUCCAUCUGGAGCACCAUGUCCGUCAUCGCCUUCCAGUCGUUCGUCCGCGUCAUCCUCUCGCCCAUCAUCCUGGUCAUGCUGAUGCGGCGGGGGCGGCAGCCACGGAUAAAAGCGAACGCGGAAAGUAGAGACAGAAGAACAGAAGAAUCAAAAAGAGCGCUGGAAGGCAUGAAGAGAGGUAAACACCAGCAGAAGGCAGAAUUAGUUGCGACGGAGAAUGUUCACCUGGCGAACAUCAACCUGCAAUUGAGAGGGGAGUCGACACCCAAGCUCAUCCUGGGCGCCGCGAGAAGUCCUGAGAGCGGCGAAGCACCGAGGAGCCGGGCUGGGUUCAAGGCCCCGGGCGCCGGCGCAUGGAGUGCCGCGCCACUUGAGUUGCAUCAAAACCUCUUUACUACCAACUUGUCCUCGCCGCCACACGACAAUGAUGACCCUCCGCCGCGGCUGCAGUUCUUCCCGCCUGCCCCGAGUGCGACUCACGAUGACUCGCCAGUUACCCCUCCGCCCUGGUAUAGGAAGGGUCGCCGCCUCUCGCUCUCGGAACCUCAGUCGGCGAACUUCACUCAGGCCCUUGACACGGGGAGUGAAGAAGACUUUGACACAGCUGCCACAGGGUCGACGCUUGCAACAAUCAUGCUGGUCGAGGCGGGGCUCUGCGUCGUGGUGCUGCUCCUUCUGCAGCUCUGGAAUAACAGACCGUCGACUCUCCCGCCAGGACCGCGCAGAUACCCCAUCAUCGGCACGGGCUUUGGCGACAACGACAGCGUGAAGGCCCUGCAGCGGAAGUACGGCGACGUGUUCAGCACCCGCAUCGGCGCCGUCCACAACGUGUUCCUGUGCAGCUACAAGCUCAUCAAGGAGUCUUUCACGAAGACGGAGUUCGCGGACCGACCCAACUGGAGGGUCUUCCACGUCCUGUCCAACGGAGAGGAGGCGGGAGUGAUCUUCUCGAGCGGGGAGAGGUGGCAGGCCUCCAGGCGGUUCCUCCUGCGUCAGCUGCGUGACCAGGGCAUGGGCAAGUCCAGCAUGGACGAUGCCAUCGAGGUCGAGGCCAAGGCCCUCGUCGAGGACUUCCACAGGAUCGCCGGCGGCCCGGCCACCCUGCCCGACUCCAUGAACCUCGUCACCCUGAACAUCGUGUGGCAGCUCGUGGCCAGUCGACGCUACAGCCUGGACGACGAGGAGAUGCUCCGCUUCCUGAGGCUCAUCCGGGUGUUCCAGGAGGACGUCCUGUUUCUGGUCCUUCCUGAGUUCUUCCCGUGGAUGAACUACAUCCCCGCGCCCCUCUUAAGGAAGCUCUCUAAGAGGGACUGGCUGCAGAAGAUGGCGAAGGAGGCCAACGACAUGAUGCAGAAAGUCAUAGACGAGCACCGAGCGACGCUCGACCCCAGCAGCCCUCGCGACGUCAUAGACAACUAUCUGCUGGAGAUGGAGAGGCAGAAGGACAGCCCAAACGUCAUAUUCAACGACACCGACCUCAGGAAGAACAUCUUCGACCUCUUCGCGGCCGGGUUCGACACCACGUCCAACAUGAUGCGCUACGUCUGCCUGUACAUGGCGGCGCACCAGGACGUCCAGCGGAAGGUCCAGCGGCAGAUCGACGAGGUGGUGCCUCCGGGCGAGAUCCCGGCCUCGCGGCACAGGGCCAGGCUGCCCUACCUGGACGCGGCGCUGCAGGAGGUGCACCGGAUGGCCUCGCUCGUGCCCCUGGGAGUUUCGCACGCCACGACCACGGACGUGCGCCUCGGAGACUAUGUCAUCCCGAAGGGGACGGCUGUGUCUGCGUGCAUCGGCCUGUGCCACAAGGACCCUCGCUACUGGAACCAGCCGGAGGAGUUUCGGCCCGAGAGAUUCCUGGACGAGGAAGGGAAGUUUGUGGCUCAGAGGGAAGGAUUCUUGCCCUUUGGCAUUGGUCGCCGCAGCUGCCUCGGCGAAGCUCUGGCGCGAAUGGAGCUUUUUUCCUUCACAGCCGCUCUGCUUCAAAGCUUCACGUUCGCUCCACCAGAGGGAUGCAAGGUCGACCUCACGUAUACGAUGCUGCCUGGGAUCAACCUGCCAAAACGCCAGGAGCUCCUUAUCAUGCCAAGGACAUGAGUCGCCGAGAUUUUUUUUUCAGUGGAUGGCAGCUUCGGUAUUCAGUGUGUUGCCUUUAUGUGAAAUUUUACGCGUGUGCCAUAUCUAGUUCGGGUCAUUUCUGCAUUUUGGUGAUGAUAAAGACAAAGACAAGUUGUAUUCAGUAAAAUAAAACGCUUUUGAGGAUU